AAUGUGCAUAUGCUUAAUUGGAAAAUCUGACUCGAUCAUUCAUGAUCCAAGAUCCAAAUGCCGUGACGACUGAUAGAUUUAACUUUUACCAUGUUUACGGCAUUCACUUGAAAUAAUAAUGGGAUUGUCAAACUGCUUUUGAUUGAAGAUAUUCAUCGUAGUCCAAAGCAUCUAUCAUGGGAAAGAAGCGGAUCCAUCGUAAGCCUGUCGCUCUGACGUUUGCCGAUACGAGUAACCAGCCUACGGAGCAGGAUAGGGAAGGAUGCUCUUCCUGGGAUCCCACAGAGAGGGAAAGGAAUCGAAGAGACGGCAGCAAAGAGACCUCUCACCGGAGGCAAGAGAAUGGAGAUGAAGAUGAGGUGGAGUGUAUGGGCAUGGUGAGUAGCAGUACCACCAGCACAGAUAACCACCGGGUCAGCCGUCCAAGCAACAGAGAGCUGCUUCGAAGACAACAAGAAGAGGAAGAACAAAAAAUAAGAAAACAAGAGGAGGAAGAAUUUCAGAGAGCCAUUGAGCUUAGUCGCCAGGAGAUGCAAGUCACAUCGGUAACCAACUCAACCAGUGAUGAUAUCCUCAGCAGUGGUGAAAGUGAGGGAGAGGACAGGGUACAGACCAACAACGGCAUUGGAGGAGAUAGUGACCAGAGCUCUUCAGGGCCCGAGGAAGUGGGGUUGGCCCUCCACGGCGAGGCGCAAGCCCAGACGAGCGGGAGACGCGACGCAUCAAACGAAAACAAUGAUAGUGAAAGCAGCGAUUCAGGGGAAAGCGACAUCACUGAUAUCAGUAACAGGGAGAAUGAUGAGAGGGGCAUGGCAGGGGAGGUUAGCGGCCGGGAGGUGGAAGAUGUCGAUGAGGUUGGAAAUGGAGAUGAUGAUAAUGAUGAUUCAUCUGUAGGCUCUUCCAUCUUGUUGCAGUCGGACGAUGAGGAGAUAACGGCUGGGCAGCCACCCCACUCAUCUAGCAGUCGCCCCACCCAAUCCAGUGAGAAGGCCAUUGCUAAGGUCUGCCCUCUGGAGGAUCCAAACACAGUAUCGCAGGAUGGAAGCAUCGAUAUCUUUGACGUGAUGGAAGACCAGGACCCGCUCUCUCAAGAACUGUUUGUGGAUAGUCAGAGAUCCUACAAGGGGUAUGAGCAUCAGCCUGAAUCUACACACAGUCAAGAGGAAGAUAGAGGUGGCAGUUCCAACAUGGAGUCAAGGCGGACCAGGCUGAGUUUGCGGAAGAGGAAACGAAACGGCGAAGAUGGAUCUGAACCCAGGACCAACAGCAACAAGACCAAAGCCCCAAGGCUUGCCCAGGAAUCAGACUCAGACCUGUCAGAGGUCGAUUUGGAAGUCAGGGUUGACGACGAUGAGUCCAGCAGCGCACCACCCUCGCAAGAUGCAGGUUUCAUUGAUUUCCCUGAUAGGUUCCAAGGCAAUGCUGGGGUACCGCUUGUCGAUAAGAGAAAGGUAAGUUAUUUGCCAAAAAAAUUAUUUACAAAAAAAGUGAUGUUUAUAUAAUAUUGGAUAGCUCAGAAUGGAAUACCAGAAAUAUUCCAAUAUUUUAUAUUAUAUUGGCCCUAACGAGUGGACUAUUUCUGGUAUUUCAUGAAAUAAAGCCAUCCAAUAUAAUUAUUAUCAUCUAUCCCACCCCCCCCCCCCCAAAAAAAAAGAGGGAACGAUGUGACUUAACAAAUCAAAAUAAAACCACAACACCAUCUCAAAGGGAUGACUGUCCCUUUGGACACAGUAUUAUGGUGGUCAUUUUUUCGUCACACCUUUGAAUAUUCUAUUUUAUUAUUUUAGAUACUAGGUUUUUUCAUGCACCUGCUGUGUGAUAUUUGUUUUCUUUUAUUUGAUAACAUUUUAUGCUGCAUUACAACAGCAACAUCAAUAAAUUAAAAUUGAUACAUUGUAUGUUACUUAUCAGAAG